CGUGUGGGUGUAAUCACUCGAGUAAACCUGGCAUGAUUGGGUGUGUUGUUUAUUGUUCCUGCUGGUUGUGAUCGCGAGUGCAGACUGGUGUUUUCUCUGUAAUAGAUGGUGGUCGGCAAGCAAUUUAGCACGCACAUAUAGAUACCCGAGCCACCAGUGGAUAAUAAGCUGAUUGUGCAGGUGUGGAGUUGAUUGUGUGUGUGGAUGGUGUGGAUACACCAAAUAGUCAACAAUGGGAGGAGGGCCUCCAGCCUUACGAAUGUUCAACAGGAUACCUGAAGAAGAAACGGAGCGCCACCUGAAGGCAAAUAAUCGAGAGUUUAAUUCCCAGUUCCGAUAUGCGAAUAACUACAUCAAGACAUCUAAAUACAACGUUCUCACUUUUGUGCCUGUCAACUUGUUUGAGCAGUUUCUACGAAUUGCCAACUUCUACUUCUUAGUGCUCUUCAUCUUGCAGUUGAUUCCAGCUAUCUCUUCAUUGAACCCUGUAACUACUGGUUUACCUCUAGUCUUUGUUUUGGCUGUCACGCUUAUCAAAGAUGGAGUGGAUGAUUAUCAACGCCACCGCAGUGACAGCUUGGUUAACAAUAGACAGACAGACAUCCUGGUGGAAAAUAACCUGAACUCCACACGAUGGCAAGACGUACAGGUUGGCGACAUCAUCAGGAAGGAGAACAAUGAAUUCAUCGCUGCAGACAUCUUGAUCCUGUCCUCAAGUGAACCCCACAGCUUGGCUUACAUUGAGACGGCAGAGUUAGAUGGCGAAACAAAUCUUAAAGUACGCCAGGCCUUACCUGAGACUGCCAUGUUGGGUGAAGAUCUUGAAAAAUUCAAAAACUUUAAAGCGGAAAUACGCUGUGAACCCCCAAACAACAAACUUGACAGGUUUGAAGGAACUAUGACGUGGGAAGGGGAGGACUUUGCUUUGAAUAAUGAUCAGAUCAUCUUGAGGGGUUGUAGACUGCGUAACACCAAGUGGUGUUAUGGGAUUGUUAUCUUUGCCGGUCGUGACACCAAGCUGAUGCAGAACAGUGGACAGUCUAAACUCAAACGAACCAGUAUCGAUAGAAUGGUCAACAAAUUGGUUCUAGUUAUUUUUGGUAUUCUAUUUGUGAUGUGUCUAAUCUGCUCUAUAGCCUGCUCAGUAUGGGAGGCUAACUACGGCAACACAUUCCAGGUGUAUCUUCCGUGGGCCUACAACAACUCGGCUACCAUUGCAACCUUGGUGUUUUUCUCCUAUGUAAUUGUGCUGAACACAUUGGUACCAAUUUCACUCUAUGUUACAGUGGAGUUAAUUCGUAUGUUCCAGAGUUGGUGGAUCAACUGGGAUAAAGCCAUGUACUAUGCACCCAAAGAUACUGCGGCUAAGGCCAGGUCAACGAACCUCAAUGAGGAGCUUGGACAGAUUCAGUAUGUGUUCACCGACAAGACUGGUACCCUGACACAGAAUAUGAUGACUUUCAACAAGGCCACCAUUGCUGGUAGAAAGUUUGGAGAGAUCAAAGAUGAGAAUGGAGUGGUCCUAGAGAUGACGAAUGACACCCCCAUGGUGGACUUCUCCAAGAAUCCAAUGUACGAACCAAGCUUCAACUUCUGUGACCAAAACCUCCUGGAUUCUGUAGAGAAAGGAGAUAGACACUGCUGGUUGUUCUUCAGAUUAUUGGCACUGUGUCAUACUGUCAUGCCUGAAGUGAAAGAUGAUAAGUUAGAGUACCAAGCCCAAUCUCCCGAUGAGGCAGCUUUGGUUUCUGCUGCAAGGAAUUUUGGGUUUGUUUUCAAGUCAAGAACACCAACCACAAUUACGAUAGAAGUUCAGGAACAGGAGGACAAGUAUGAGCUGCUUCACAUUCUGGACUUCAAUAAUGUUCGAAAGCGUAUGUCUGUCAUUGUCAAGCAGGGACGUAAGAUUAGGCUGUUCUGUAAGGGUGCUGAUAGUGUCAUUAUGUCUCGCAUUGGAGAGGGGAAUGAACAGUUAAUAAACGUCACCAAUGAGCAUUUGAAUGAUUUUGCUGGAGAAGGUCUUCGGACGCUUUGCUUAGCGAUGAAAGAAAUCGAUGAGGGAAACUACCAGCAGUGGAAAAAGAAGCACCACGCUGCCUCUACCUCAUUAGACGGCCGAGAGGACAAAUUGGAUGCAUGUUAUGAAGAGAUUGAGACUAAUAUGACAUUAUUGGGAGCUACUGCUAUAGAAGACAAGCUACAGGAUGGGGUGCCACGCACUAUUGAAAACCUGCACAAGGCGAACAUUAAGCUGUGGGUACUGACUGGUGACAAACAAGAGACAGCCGUUAACAUUGGUUACUCAUGCAAGCUUCUUACUGACCAACUUAAUGAGAUUUUUAUCAUUAAUGCUACUGAGAAGGAACAAGCUGAGAAAGAGAUUAAAGACUGUCUGGAAAAGAUCAGAGAUGUUAUGGGGAUUAAGGACAAGGAGGAAUUGAAGGAGUUAGCUGGAGAUGGAGAUGACAUUUCCUACAAGAGCAAAGAUGAAGAGGAACUGAAUGAUAUUUAUAGCUUUGCCCUUAUCAUCACUGGAGCAGCCUUGGCCUUUGCCCUUGAUCCAGCCAUAGAGCAAAUAUUUCUAGAGGCAGGCUGCUACUGCAAGACAGUCAUUUGCUGUCGAGUCACUCCACUUCAGAAGGCUCAAGUUGUAGAUCUUGUUAAACGUUUCAAGAAGGCUGUCACUUUGGCCAUAGGAGAUGGUGCUAAUGAUGUCAGCAUGAUCAAAACUGCACACAUCGGAGUUGGUAUCAGUGGUCAAGAGGGAAUGCAAGCUGUCUUAUCCAGUGACUUCUCAUUUGCCCAGUUUGAAUAUCUAGAGAGACUGCUACUUGUCCAUGGUCGGUGGUCCUACUACCGCAUGUGUAAAUUCCUCACUUAUUUCUUCUACAAGAACUUUGCUUGUACAGUGGGCCACUUUUGGUUUGCCUUCUUCUGUGGGUUUUCUGGCUUGACUUUGUAUGAUGAAUGGUACAUCAGUGCAUACAACAUUAUCUUCACAUCGCUGCCUGUAAUUGCUCUUGGAAUAUUUGACCAGGAUUGUAGUGACAAGAAGAGCAUAGAGUACCCAGAGUUAUACAAGCCUGGGCAGAAGAGUGCCUUUUUCAACUAUUGGGUCUUCAUGAAAAGUCUCUUGCUUGGUGUUCUCACAUCGCUUGUCUUCUUCUUUGUCACCUAUGGCGCCUUAAGGAAUGACCUGUUUCCAACGGGUGAAGCAGCACAUUCACAGUCUAUGAUGGGCUGUAUUGUCGCAACAAUGGUGGUUGUAGUCGUAAACCUGAAGAUUGCACUGGACAUGGCUUACUGGAACGUCAUCACCCAUAUUGUCAUUUGGGCAAGUGUUCUUUUCUAUAUAGUGUUCAUCUUCCUUGCAUAUAGCACCACUAUUUACAUCUGGUUCGGUGGAGUGUUUACCUACGUCGGUGUUCCGGUCAUGAUGUUUCGUCUUCCUGCUUUCUGGUUCUCACUCAUCCUUGUUUGUGUCAUUAUGAUCCUCCCUAUCAUGGGAAAGAGAGCUGUUCAGGCUGAUGUGCAGCCGACUCUUGUUGACAAAGUCCGUCUAGAGCAGCGUAAGGAGAAUAAAGUCCUUAAGCAGGCUAAGAAGAAGUCCAUACAGCUAAAGGGCUUUAGGUCACGUGGGUCAGUCAGAGACUCCAGUGUUCGCUCUACGACAGGUCUACAACGUGGGGGCAGCAAACGCCCAGCCAGUGUGAGAUCAGGUUAUGCAUUCAGCCACCAAGAAGGCUUUGGGGAGAUGAUUACCAAAGGGGUCAAUAUGCGGGAUGCAGAUAAGGUUCAAGGGUCAGGGGUCAAUAACUCUCACAAAGCCGUCACAGAAGGAAAAGCUCCUCGAGCAUCUGCUGAACAAAGCCCUGACUUGUAAACUUCCUUAAGGUAUAAAAUGAACAACUAACUGUAACACUUAUUUCAAAGACUUGUAAAAAUUUGAUAGCAAAAGGAUGCAUUUAAAAAAAUUCCUACAUUAAUAACAAAAAGAUUGAUGAUUUAGAAGCGUUAACCAAGUGUAAAAUGAAUGUCACAACAUUUUAGCCAAAUUGUAUAAUGAACUGCUCAGGAUAUUUAUAGUCAAUGAUCAGGAUAUAUGAUGAAUUAUUUGUAAGAGCAUUGUUGCACACUAAUUGCACAAACACAACUAUGAAGACAGUACAUCAGCUCUGUUAACAAUGCUUAGCUCAAACAUCUUGCUUAAAAGCAAAAAACAUGUAAACCGUUGAAAACACCAUCUAAUUAUUGCUUGGAACUGGUUCUCCAUGAAUUUUGUGCUGACCAAAUUUAAUUCACUGAACAGCAUGAUCAGGUUGAUGAGAUCAUGGUCAGAACUGAGUUUUAUAUUAUGACUGGAAUCAUCUUUACAGAAAAACAAUUCUUAUCUGAGGGAAAGAGUAGAAUGCUAUUUUUUAUCCCAGACUGUAAAUUUUGGAUUUGUGCCACAAUGAUUGUUUUAAAUUAAUCAAAAAGAGAUUGUAUAUAUUAUUUUAUUUUGUUUCUAAGUAAAUGUACACUUUUAGAUGUUUAUUUCAUGUUAUGUAAUUUUGGGCGAAACAAAUUGAUUAGCAAAGACUGUAGGCCAGUUUGGAGCCAUGAGUAGUGAAAGUUGUGUCCUAUUGUGACUAAAAGGCAUACAUGUACAAAUAGGCUACAUCACACCCUACACUUCUAUUGACCAAUGGCAUUGGGGAUAUGCAGGAUAAAACCAUAUUGAUAAACUGAUUUGUCUUAACUCUGCUGUAUAAAUGGAUUAAUUUAUGAAAUAAGCAAAUGUAAAUAGUAUGUAGCGUUAACACUGGUCUACAUUAGUCAAGGUGUGGUACAGGUUUGAUCAAUGACUUCAUGCUGGUGUUUUAUACAAAUAUUCCCCGGCCAACCUGUCUGACUUCCAUUGAGCCGAAUGUUAUGACAAACAUUGGUUGCAGCCUGCCACAUUUUGUAAAAAACGGGUUAAAGGUCUGGAAUUGGGGUUACACAAUAAUCACAGAAAGGGAUAAUAUUGCAGGGCAUGUUUUUCAGAACCUGGUGUCCCUCCUUGAACAGGUGGAACAAAGCUUAGCAUGAUAAGUGCAUGCCAGGUGCAUGUUUCAAACUGGAAAAUCUGGGUGGAUUUUUUCGUCAACCCUCUGGCUGAAGUUGUUCCAGUCAUAAUAAACCAUCCACUUUAAGACACAUUUUGUGGAUAAACAGGUCAUCUGACGUAAAAUGGUUGGUUGAUAUAUCUUUGAUAUUCGACAAGACUCUCUUAUUAAUGAAUGAACAUAGAUGUAAAUGAUAGGCAUAACUGAAGUUGCUGUAAGAGUGAUCGCAAGACAUGUACAAUGUAAUUAAUCAUUGGAGAAACGGAGGAUAAAUUAGGAAUUUUAAAAUAUUCAGGUAAACUAACUUUAUUAUAGAUAUAUCCUGUAUAUAUAGUUAUAAGUUUUGGAUUGCUUUUUAUUUAAUUUUUGUUUUAUCAAAACGGUGUAGUACAUGUAAGUGUUUUUAAUGGUUUAACUUGAGAUGUACUGUACUUUAAAGAAAUACUUGCAAGUCAUGGGGACAAUGCAGUUUAUGCGCUUCCAAAAUUCCAGAAAAUAUUUUAUACAAUAUUUUUUAGAUCAGACAGUGUGAAUGAUUUUGAUGGAUUUAAUGCUCCAUUGGAAAACAUAAAUGUAGACUCAGAGGUGAGUGUUCUUUAUAUAUUCUGACACCUCGAUAUUGUGAUAACCCAAUGGUUCUAUGUAACUCGUGUUCCAACAACCCAGUUAUCUACACUUGGUUGAAGGUUAGGGUUAGAAUUAGGAAUCUUUAUACAUUUAUAGAGUGAACCGGACCUUGGGGUGUCAGAACAUAAAUGUAUGGUGUGUAAGCGGUUCCAAAACACUGGAGAAUACAAAACAUCUGGACAAUGUUAUAAUCAUGCAGUGCGCAUACUUGACAUACACAAUUCCUCAGACUGAGGUUUCAGGACCAGGGAAUUAACACGGUUAGGUUCCAUGAUCAAUCCUACAGGGAACCAGGGAAUUAAAGCACAAUACCUCAUCCCCCAGACUGUAUGUGAGGACAAUUCCAUAGUUUACUGAAGGUUUACUUUUGAAACUUUGCAACUGGUAAAUACAUUGUUACUGUUACAUUGUUUGUUGGUGUGACAUUGUUAUACAUUGAUUCUCAUGUUACAUUGUUACAAAUAUUUGUAUGCAAGCUGUCUACACUGUUUACACUUCUUUGAGGUACAUGUAGUCCCCUUUUUGAAGUAAUUGAGAAAUUUUCAUUAAGUUAACAGCCAUCAUUUUUUGCACUCCUUCUUUUCAGCAACAAUAGGAAACAUGGAUGUAGAUUGAACCAGAAGACCCCUGGACACUUUUUAUUUUUGAUUUGUAAUCAUUUUAAUACUGGUUGCUCUGGUUUUGGGUCUCUUUUAAAGAUUUCAUAAGCGGCUGCUGCUUGAUCGCCAUCUUAACAUGCGUCAUAGCAACAGCCGCAGCCACUAAAUUCUGACAUAGUUAUUUUUAGUUUCAUAAGUUGACGUGUCCAAGUCUGAACAGAACAAAGCCAGAAACCCCCAAAAUUACAAAUCAAGAGGGCUUGAUAAUGAUGAUGUUUACAAUGAACCUAUAAAUGCAUAUUAAGUGUGUUUUAAAAUGAAGUAAUGUGCAAGGAAAUAUUCUUCAAGGUGUUUUUUAUUGUAAGGUAGUAUGGUGAAGGAAGGUUUAAAAGGUAUAUGCCAGUACUGUAGAUAGUGUUUUGUUUACAAAGGUUUGCUGAUUUCAGCUUAUCAAGCACCCUUAUACACUGCCUACUCAGAGAGACAGAGAGGGGGGGGGGUGACCAAACACAGAGAGAGAAGAUGUCUGAUGUAUACAAACAAUUUUAAAGUGUAGGAAGAUAGAUGUAACUCAACUAACAUUCACAUGUGUAUUGCAUUGUUCAAGACCAAUUUAUGAUGAAUGCAAAAGUUUAUUUUAUACAUAGUACUAUUACCUUGUGGUUUAUUACUUGAUAAACAGCUAUUUGAAAUUGGACUUUUUAUGUCCAUUCAUGCCCUAAGCAAACUUGUUAGUAGCUGUGUCCCACACAUGCAUUCAUGGACAGAUAUCCAUGUCAAUCAAACUGAGUUGACACUAGCAUGAUGACAUAGUCAUUUCCAUUCGUCUAUUGAAUGAGAUUGAAUUCAGAAUUGAAUAUUGAGUGCAUAAUAAUGGAUUCUUACAUGUACAUGUAGAGUCCAUGUCACACAUUGCAAUAUCAGAGGCAAUCAGGCCCAAUUCAAUGGUUCUGCUUACGUAUGUUGCGUUUACAAUUUCCAUUUUCUACUUACUGUGCAGCAAGUGCUGAGUUUCUGUGGGGUGCUAGCUGUGUAAGCGAACAAUGCAUAGUAACGUGGAGUACAUAUGCGCACAAGCAAAACUUCUCUGCUAACCCCCGAAAUACAAGGGUGGAACUCCCUGAUAACAUAAACACCGAGUCUUUGCUUAUGGUAAGCAGAGCCAUCAAAAAGUAGAAUGAUUGCAGUAUUCACAUGGCAUUCUAAAAACUUUGAUGAUCAUGGGCAAGUCAUUUGUCUCAUGUUAGCAUAUAAAAUGUAAAAGUUUCACACUUUUGUUUAAAGAAUCUUUACAAGUGAUUGUUGCAGAGUAGUAACACAGUGGUGGUUAUUGUCAUGAGAAAGAUUUGUUUUUAUUUUAUUUUCUUAACAUUGAUCAUCUUGAAGAGCCUGCUUUCGUUUUCACCAAACUCUUCCCUAAUUCAGACAAUUUAUGUUCCGUAUCCUUAGAUGUUAAGAAGCAUUGAACCCAUCCUAAGUUAGGUAGAGUAACUUGUCUUAACUCAAGAGCGUUUUGUGAAAUCGGCUGCAGGUUCGUUUUCUAUGCAUAAUUUUGAGAUAAUUUUAUGAAGCUAAAGGUUAAUGUUGGAAUUGUUAUUAUGGCUUCAUUGAAGCAUAGGUUGCUCAUAGCAACACUCCAGUCACAACCUUAUCCACAACUGCCAAUUUAGACACGAUUUAAAGGGUUUGCUUUGUACAAACAAAUACGCAGAGAAAAAAUUGCCAUGUAAUCCUUUGGUAUUUUUCUUUAUUACUUGUGCCAAGGUAUUUGUUUCUCCAGUAUUAAUUAUUUUCUGCUUAGCAACCUUUUAAAACUUGUUUUUGUCCAGUAUGAAUAAUUAUUUAAAAUGUAUUGAUCCUGGCAUUGAUAAAAUACUAUAGUACCACAAACUUAGAUCCUUUUACUUUUGUGAUCCUUUAUUCUACCAGGUAAACUGCUGUUGCUGCAACACUCCACAAUUUAAUAUUGAAGUCCAAUGUUGAUAAUUUUAGGACACCUCAUGCGCUUUGCUGCACCAUUUCCAAAAUAUACUUCCAUGCAUGUUCAAACAAAGUAAGGUUGUGUCAUGGCGGAUAAAGUUGGUGUCUACAUUGAGUUACAUGUAUCUUUAAUGGUUUUUUAAAGUCAUUUCUUAGUGUGGGGUUGUCAUGUCUAGUUGAGUUUAUUUGGAAAGGAUCUAUUGGUCUGUAAACAAAUUAAUAGUAAAUGCAUUUUGUUGUGAAUUGUCACAAUAAAAAUCUGGCUUAACAUUAAUUAAGUUCAUUGUUGAUCAUCAUAGAUGAUGAGGUUCACGUUACUUGUUCUGUUUUUCCUGUUUCACCUUGUGUUUGUGACAUGACAAUGCAAUCAAGUGCAUCCAAUAUUGGUAUUAUAACCAAAACUUAGGUUUGAGAAAAAGUAAAAACAUUUUAAAACAGUCAUUUUGUUACAGUUCAUUCUGUACAUUUAACUUCCAUUCCAGAUUACAGGACUUUGAAGAACAAAAUGUGAUCAUUAUUAGAGCUAGGAGUGCUGGCGGAAUAUUGACACAUUUCGUGAUUAUGCAUCUGAACUUGGUAAAGGGUAAUCAUUUUGAUGCAGUUGUUUUUAAAAUAAAAAAAAUUAGUACUAUUUUUAAUCAGACAAUAUUCUUGUAACCGUACUAAACAAAAAAUGACAAACGAGACUGUAAUUGGGGAUAUUUUUCUAUCCUCAUUCUUGUCUUUUCUUGGGUGUGUAAUAUUAGUGUCUUAUAUGUGUAAUAGCUUUACUGAAAUUGUUCACUGCAUUAUUCUCUAUUUUUUUUUUAGUAAUCAUGUUUUAGUCUGUAGUGCAGUUUAAUAUUCAGGUGUUUAGAAUUACUUAAGUAAACAGAUUGUUUAAAGUAAUUUUGAUGUCAUGUAAAAUAUGAAUGUUGGAAAUACACUGGUUCUUUGAA